CCAGUUCAUCUGCGCGGAUCUUUCACAGCGAACCGACCGACCGCUGAGGAGUGAAAGAGGGACGGGAGCUAACCGAACAGCAUUUAUCGAUUUUGCUUGAUCGACUUAUUCAAGGAGCUACAGUUGUGUGUGCAAAAUUGUGAUGAUGGGAGUUUGGAGUGUGUGCUGUUUUUUACUCAUCUCUCUAUUAAAGUCAUCCUCUGCCCACAGCGACUUCUUCACCUCCAUUGGUCACAUGACAGAUCUGCUGUUCACAGAAAAAGACCUGGUGACAUCAUUGAAAGACUACAUUAAAGCAGAGGAGAGCAAACUAGAGCAAGUCAAACAGUGGGCAGAGAAGCUCGAUGCUUUAACAGCCACAGCCGUCCAGGACCCAGAGGGCUUUUUGGGGCAUCCUGUCAAUGCCUUUAAACUCAUGAAGAGACUAAACACAGAAUGGGGUGAAGUGGAAGAUCUAGUGCUCAAGGACAUGUCUGAUGGCUUUAUCUCAAACCUGACCAUUCAGCGCCAGUACUUCCCCAAUGAUGAAGACCAGAAUGGUGCAGCAAAAGCCCUCCUCCGACUGCAGGACACAUAUAAACUGGACACACAGACCAUCUCUUCUGGAGACCUGCCUGGUGUUAAUACAGGUUUACCAUUUAAAAGCACCCUAACGGUAGAGGACUGUUUUGAGCUGGGAAAAAUCGCCUACUCUGACGCAGACUACUAUCACACAGAGCUGUGGAUGGCCCAGGCGCUCAAGCAGCUUGAUGAAGGAGAAGAAUCCAACGUUGAGAUAGCCACUGUUCUGGACUACCUCAGUUACUCCGUCUACCAACAGGGGGAGCUGGAGAGAGCACUGGAAUAUACCAAGAGACUGCUUACUGUGGAUCCGGAGCACCAGCGAGCUCUUGGGAACCUAAAAUAUUUUGACUACCAGCUAGCCAAACAGAAGAAGGCAGAGAAGGAACAGAGCACCAAGGAAGAGAGCAAGAAGGAGCAAGAAACGUCAGAUGGGAAGAAGGAAUAUCUCCCUGAGAAGAGGAAAUAUGAGAAGCUGUGUAGAGGAGAAGGACUCAGAAUGACUCCUAGGAGACAGAGGCAUUUGUUCUGCCGUUACUUCAACGGUAACAGACAUCCAUUUUACACAAUCGGGCCAGUGAAACAAGAAGACGAAUGGGACCGUCCACGUAUCAUCCGUUAUCACGAGAUAAUAACAGAACAAGAAAUAGAAAAAGUCAAGGAGCUCUCCAAACCAAGGCUGCGCCGAGCCACCAUCUCCAACCCCAUUACUGGUGUCCUAGAGACUGCACAGUAUCGCAUCAGUAAAAGGCGCGCCACCGUUCAUGACCCUCAAACUGGCAAACUCACCACCGCCCAGUACAGAGUCUCCAAGAGUGCAUGGUUGGCGGCCUAUGAGCAUCCGAUUGUGGAUCGCAUCAAUCAGCGCAUUGAAGACAUCACAGGCCUCAAUGUCAAAACAGCAGAAGAGUUACAGGUGGCAAAUUAUGGUGUUGGAGGACAAUAUGAACCCCAUUUUGACUUUGGACGGAAAGAUGAACCAGAUGCCUUUAAAGAGCUGGGCACAGGGAAUCGCAUAGCAACCUGGCUCUUCUACAUGAGUGAUGUAGCAGCGGGGGGAGCCACUGUCUUUCCAGAAGUGGGAGCCGCAGUAAAGCCACUGAAGGGCACCGCAGUGUUCUGGUAUAAUCUGUUUCCCAGUGGAGAAGGAGAUUACAGCACGAGACACGCAGCCUGUCCAGUACUAGUGGGAAACAAGUGGGUGUCAAAUAAAUGGAUCCAUGAGCGAGGUCAGGAAUUCAGGAGACCCUGUGGCCUGAAAGAGACCGACUGACCCACGCCAUCCACCAUUUUUCUCAUUCACUUAAGACUCUGAAGACAGUCCCGCUCUACAUGUCCACUGUCCAUAGCAGCAACACUUAUUUUCAGUGAGGAGUGUGUAUGUGUGUGUUUUUGUGAUAUCAGGACACAUGUAUAAUGACAUGGGUAUGACGCCGGUAUUAUAAAGAGAAAGUGACUUAUGAGGCCAUGUCCCUGUUUUUCAAAAGGCUCAUAAAUCAUACAGAAUGAACCGGAAUGUUUUUUCGGGAAGUAAGCGUGCACACAGUUUCCUGUGAGAGAGAGUUUGGUUUAGGGGUAGGGUGAUAGACACAGUUUGAAAAGUAUAGAAACAGUGGAAACCUAUGAAAUGUCCCCACAGUUCACAAAAGCAAGCAUGUUUGUGUGUACUUGUAUAUAUGGUUUACGAGCAGGGUGGGAAUUACAAGGGGGUUUGGGAGGAGUUAACCCCUCCGAUUAACACAUGUAGGACAUUAAAACAAGAUGUAUGGGGUUCAGUCCUUUAAUAGUGGGACAAUGUUCUCUGAUCGGUAUCUUAAAUAAUAUUAGUAAUUAAAAUAAUUUAUAUAUAUGAGCAAUAUUACAUGAGUAGCAGUGUAAUAUGGCUGUAUAUCGGCCUGUGGGAGGCAUGUCAUAUUGUAAUAUUAAUAUAAUAUUAUUAUAGUUUGAUGGCAUAAUUGUGUAUAUAAAAAAAAAAAAAUCAAACACGGAGAGUCUAAAAACCCUUUUGUAUGAGGAACUACUUUCUUACGCCAUUCAUUUACAUCUGCAGCUGACGUCAGAACAGCAGAAAUCGUUGCUCAUUCACAAACGUCACUUUAGAGCUAGUAUUUCUAUGUUGCAAUCAGGAGAUCACAAUAAUUAACGCCGGAAAAGCAAACACUAGCAGAUUACUAUGGUAUAAAUACAGUAUUAUUAGAGAGAGAUAGACUUAGAAUUUGACUUAAUUGUUUAAUAAGGAUUUGAUCAACUAUGCGGUCCCUGUCGCCAUCUUGUGGCGGAACAUCAACCGUCUUUGCUUUGCUCAGUAUGACAGGCUGAUGGCCGCCGACAUGCUGAAUUUCCAAAAUUAUAAAUAUUUAAAAUAGGCACUGUCCUUAUAAAUAAACUGCACAGAUGCAAUCUAAACAACUACAUUCUCGCCUGUCCAACAGCUGCAAUAUUUGUCAAACUGUAGUGAGUCUAUUAAUCUGCUGUCACUCUAUGUGGGCGGAGUAAUACACAAGGGUGAAAAGGCUGUACGAGUGAUGUUAUUGCAGAAUAUGGCAUGGCUAUCAGAACUGUGAGAAAAUUAUCAGAGAAAAUUAUGUAUAAAAUAAUAUA